AUGAAUCCCUUUAAACUGGCCCGUUCCUCGCUGGCAAGCGCCCUCAAGCAGUCACUUGCAGUUGGCAGCUCAAAGCGAUACGUCUCCGAGACGGCGGCCACCGGCUCUGGGCCGUGGUUCGACCUGAGCGAUGACCAGAAGAACAUUAUCGACCUGGCGGAGAAGUUCGUCAAGGAGGAAAUCAUCCCCAAGGCGCCGCACCACGACAAGACGGUACGGCGGCAUGGGCCUCCCGCUGCUCGAUCANUGAGCGAUGACCAAAAAAACAUCAUCGACCUGGCGGAGAAGUUCGUCAAGGAGGAGAUCAUCCCCAAGGCGCCGCACCACGACAAGACGGGCGAGUACCCAAUGGACAUCGUGAAGAAGGCCUGGGAGCUGGGUUUCGUGACCAACAGCAUUCCCCAGCAGUACGGCGGCAUGGGCCUCCCGCUGCUCGAUCACUGCAUGAUUGAGGAGAAGUUGGGCUACGGCUGUACGGGCAUCGGCACGGCUAUCUCCGCGAACACCCUCGGCCAGGCGCCGGUCAUUCUCUUUGGCAAUGAGGAGCAGAAGAAGGAGUACCUCGGGCGGCUGACUGCUGAACCCAUCUUCUGCGCCUACGCCGUCACCGAGCCGGGCACCGGAUCGGAUGUGGCCGGCGUCAAAACCAGGGCGGAGAAGAACGCCGACGGAGACUGGGUUCUCAAUGGUAACAAAAUGUGGAUCACCAACGCCGGCUUUGCCAACUGGUACUUUGUCCUGGCCCGUUCCAACCCUGAUCCAAAGGCCAAAACCAGUGAGGCCUUCACCGGCUUCAUCGUGGAGAAGGACACGCCGGGCGUCAUUGUCGGCCGGAAAGAGUGGAACAUGGGCCAGCGGGCGUCCGACACGCGGGGCAUCACCUUCGAGAACGUGGUCGUGCCCAAGAAGAACGUCCUCGUCGGUGAGGGCAAGGGCUUCCGCAUCGCCAUGGGCGCCUUUGAUCUCACCCGACCGCCGGUGGCCGCCGGCGCCGUCGGCCUGGCGCAGCGAGCCUUCGACGAGGCCACCGCCUACAGCUUCCAGCGGAAGACCUUUGGCGUGCCAAUCGCCGGCCACCAGGCGGUGCAGUUCAUGCUGGCCGACAUGGCCAUCGGCAUUGAGACGGCCCGCAUGAGCUACUACCGCGCCGCCUGGGAGUUCGACCAGGGCCGGCGAAACACCUACUGGGCGUCGAUUGCCAAGUGCCACGCCGGCGACGUGGCCAACAAGUCGGCCACUGAUGCAGUGCAGAUCUUCGGCGGCGCCGGCUUCAACGCCGAGUUUCCCGUGGAGAAGCUGAUGCGUGACGCAAAGAUCUUCCAGAUCUACGAGGGCACGGCGCAGAUUCAGCGUCUGGUCAUCAGCCGAGAGCACCUGACCCGGGCUCAGGAGAAGGCUUAA